UCCAGCAGACACGGAAGUGGUCCAGUACGGUAGCUCGACAGGGAGACAUAAUACACAUUUAUGUGUUUCCAUUCAGUUUUAUAUGAUAGAGUAAUUUCACUGGGAGGUAUAUGAGGGUGGUUGUCUUAAUCGGGUUGAUUUUCUGUCUUGUUGUGAGCUAAUUGACAGUUAUUUGAUCGAUAAAGCUCUCCGCUGUACGCCCGUGAAAUCGCUCCGUUGUGAUUCAAACCGAGCGGGGAGCCGGGCGGACCCCAAACAUGACUAGUUUGGGCAGCAGGUUGUUCUGCAGGAUGGAGAGGAUGUGUUACCGCCUCCCCGUGUUCCUCAACACCUUCCUGGUCUUCUCGAUCACCGGGGAGGUGAGCUACCUGGUGAUGGUCGAGGCUCCCCUGGAGGCCGACCAGAAGAAGACGGCGUGGUCCACCUGGUGGAAGGCGGUCCACCUGCUGAGCCAGUACUUCAUGUUGGGGAACAUCUGCUGGAACGCCCUGCUGUUCUACAGAACCAGUCCCAGCAUCAAGGGGGUGUUCCUGGGUGGAGAGGCCAUGGGCCAGGGCUGGAGGUACUGUUAUACAUGCGAGACACACACCCCUCCACGCUGCUCCCACUGCUACGACUGCAAGGUGUGCGUGCUGCGGCGGGACCAUCACUGCGUCUUCUUCGACCAGUGCGUGGGCUUUCGCAACUACCGCUACUUCCUGAGCUGCUUGCUCUUCAUGUGGUCGGGCCUCCUGUACGCCACGCUGAUGAACGCAGAGGUCUUCAUCGUCAUCCUGAAGGAAGGCGUGACGCUGCACAGCGUCCUGCUGCUGCUCAUCCCCUGGAUCAUGCUCAUUUCAGGCCAGGUGUCGGCACGUGCCUUCGCCUUCGCCUUCAUCGCCGACACGUGCGUGGUCGGCUUCCUCCUGGUGUCCGCCUUCUUCUUCUUACACCUCUUCCUGCUCUUCCGGGGUCAGACCACCCGGGAGUGGUACUCAUCCCGUCGCCCCUACAGCCUGGGGCUGCUGGGUAACCUGCGUCACACGCUUGGCAACCGCUGGUACGUGUGCUGGCUCUCUCCGCUCAUCCCAUCGCCGAUUCCUGGAGACGGAAUAAACUUUGUGAUCACGGGAUCGCUGGAGCCGUGUCGGUAACGGCCGAGAGUCUGAACGGGUGGCGGUUAAUGUUGGUGCGAGCAGCAGCAGCAGCAGGGAAGUUUACCUCAGUUCAAGAAGAGGUCGCUUGGGACGGGAAGAAGCUUUGACAGCACGCGGUUGUUUCACUGCUAUUGGUUAUGACUACUGGUUGCAAUCCUUUUAAUUAGGGGCGUUCUUUUAAAGAUCCAUCGAUCUCAACCUGAAGAUAAUAUGUACACGCACUGAGAAUUGAGGAUUAAAUAGUAAUGAAGGGUAAUUUUGAAUCGUCAGCAUAAAAAAGGUAUAGAAAAGAAUAAUGCUGAACUAAGAAUGUAUUUUGUCAAUUGUUAAAUUAACUUGCACUUCCAUUCUCAGACUGAGUCCUGAAGCCAAUGGGACACACUGGGAGUGAUGAUGAUGGUUCCUAUUUAGGGGUUUUUCCCCCAAACACCUAAGGUGCCUGAUUCUGUAGUUCAAAUACGGUAUAAUACUUGCACUGUCGAAGUUGAAACCACAGGACUGUCAAACACAAACAGCUGGCCUCUUAUUUACUGUUGUGCACUCGCUGCUCAUGCUUUCCUCCUCAGAAUGUCCACUCCUAAACUGAAGUAGAGGUUUUGUUGUGGUAGUUGGCUCUCUGUGUUAAUCUCAACAAGUACAGGACAACAUCCCAGAAGUGACUCAUGCAGUUUACAGACUCACAAGAAGCCAUCUGGUAAAAUUCAGUGUUUAAAACCUGCCAAUUUAUGCACAUUUUUAGGUCAAAAGUAUCAAUACAUAGCUAAUAGUUUUCAAUAUCAUGAUUUUAACACUGAAAUUGAGAUACAGAGAGUACCACAGCUAUGAAAAUGAUACAUUUACAACCACAUUUUCAACCUGGGCCUGCUCACAUGAAGAAGUGUGUGACUAGCAUUGGUAAACCUCUGAAAAAAAAACCUUUGUUAGGAAUUGAAAAAGGCAUCUAUUGUUUAAUCUGUGGCAAAGCUUUGCAUGUCAGUUAUAUGCAGGUUAAUGAGUUUAUUUUCUAAUUAAAGGUGGAAGCAAAUCAGUCCUGUUGAUCUAGCUAUUUUUCAUUACUGCUUGUUGUAGUGAGGAGUAUUCAGAUUUGUUGUUUUAAAUACUGAUAUUGAAGUUUAAGAUGUUUAUUUUGACAAUCUGAUGUUUCACAUUACAUUAAACAUGAUUCAGGUAGUAAGCACUGCUUGUAUGUCGUUGUGUAGCGCACUGCAAAGGGACAUGAAUCUGUGCUGUUUAGUUCUCCUCACUCAACCAUUUCAAACAAAAAAAUUAUGAUGGUAUUGUUGUAAAAUUAUGAGCAGAAUGGCUUUACCAAAUAAAUCUACAAUGCAGCAGCAAAAUGUUUUUUUUUUCAAUGUUAGUUUGGUUUAUAGAGUAAAUUUGUCCUCAGAAUGUUUACCUGUUUGUUUAUUUGUCACGCCUUUAAUUUAAAACAUAUUUGGUGUCAACAAUUUAGAAUUUCCUCUUCGUGUCUCCUUCUGCUUUUGCCACUUUAAUUUUCAUAGCCUUAAAGAAGUGAAAAUAACAAGCCUUUGAGAUGUCUUAUGUUUUUUUUUCCUUUAUGCUCUUAAGUUGUUUACAUCCAGAACUGUUUUGCCUGAUUUUCUUCUGAAUGGAGUGUGUGAUGGGAACUACUGCAUACAGCUUUAUUAUUGUGUUUUCUGCAACUGUGAUGUGGUGUAAGCUUUAUUGUAAUAAAUUUAUUUGGUUUUGA